AUGAAGUUUCAAAAACCAUACAGGUCUCCAACUGGUAUUGGAGGUGAUUUCAAUCCAAAUACUUUAGAUUUAAAUUUAAAUAAUGUACCCGCUGCUACAUUGGGUUUAAUUUCAGCAACUGCAGUUAAUGCCUUACCAGAUAAAGAUUCAUAUACAACAUUUGAUAUUUUAAAAGUCAAUAUUUUAAGAAUUAUCUUUAGAAUUACUUUAUUUAUUUACUUUACAAUCUUUGGAAUGUAUUCAACUGCUAUUAAUUUCAUUUUCUUGGUCCAAGUAUUCAUUUUUGAUUUAAAAUUACAAUUAUUUGAUUUUCAAGCAGAUCCAAAUUUAAAUAUGGUUCAACAAUGGUUUGCAAAAUGUAUAUUUUACAAGACUACACUUUUAUCAAUCCCAUUAUUGUUAUUUAAAGUUUUUAAAUUAACUUCAAAUACUCCAAUUGGUUUAAAUUCAGUAUUACGGUAUAUUCCAAAAAUUAACACACCUGAAUCAAUUUCAUUAAUUUUAUAUUUAAAUCCAGCUAAAUUACAAGCACCACCUGAAAUUCCUCAACCUUAUUUAGAUUCAGAUAAGAAAAUUAAAGUACCAAGUAAGAAAGAUAUUCAAUAUGUUUUGGCAGUUAAAUCAGAGUACAUGACCGCACUCCAAACUCAUAAUGCAGCGGAACGAGUUAGAUUAUUGAGAGAAAUUGGCAGAUUUAUCACUUGGUGUUGUUUAGUACCCACAAUUAAAGAAAUAUCAAUUUAUGAAAGAACGGCCGCAUGUUGGGAUGGAAACAUUGUGUAUAUAGAUUCAAUUAAGAAUUCGAUUCUUGUUGAAUUGAUUUCAAUGGCUAAUACGUUUGAUCCAAUUGAGUUAAAAAAGUUUAAAAGAUUAUUACCAAAGAUAGUUUUAGUUGAUAAAUUUUCGAAAAGUGAAUUUAUUGUAAACGAAUCAGAAACCGAUCUUUAUGAAUUACAAUCAAAUGCAUCAAGUAUUCAAAUAGAUGAAGAUGAAUUACCUAGACGAGGAAACGAUACUUUAAUUGUUAAUUUGUGUGAUGAAAGAAUCAGAGAUACAAACUUACAAAUUGUCAAAAAUAAGAUAAUUAAUGAAUUAGAUUCGUUUGAUUCUGAAGAUGAAGUAUUUACGCAACAAUUUCCAAAUACGUCACAAUUGAUAAUUGCACCAAAGAGUAAUUCAAAUGAAUUUAGAAAUAAAUUAAAUGGAUAUAUGUCAAUAGAUAAUAAUAAAGAAGAUAGAACUAAACCAAUUGUAUAUUUUUCACAUUUAGAAUUUGGAUUCCCUUUUUUUUCAAGAUCAUUAUAUACUUAUUCAUUAGAAUUCCCAUUUGAAGUUAAUCAAAAACCAAAAAAUCAAGAAAGUGUUAAAGAAGCAGUUGAAAAACCAAGUGAAGAUAAUCCAAUUGAAAGAGUUGAAAGUAAUUCAGUAUUAGAUUCAAUCGAAUUAGGUACUAAUACAGAUUAUAUUGUUAAUUAA